AUGUCACAACAGGCUAAGAGUUCUACUUGGUCUACUUUUUUAAAAUCGUUGGCCUCAUUCGAUGGUGAUCUGUCUAAAUUAUCAGCUCCUCCAUUUAUAUUAUCUCCAGUUUCAUUAACUGAAUUCUCACAGUAUUGGGCUGAACAUCCUCAUCUUUUUGUAGAGCCAUCUUUGAUCAAUGAAGAUAAUUACAAAGAAAGAUGUACUGCUGAUAAAAACGUUGAAUCUGCUGAUAUGGCUAAAAUGUUAGCAAUCAUUAAAUGGUUUGUUUGUACUUUAAAAUCCCAAUAUGCAUCAAGAAAUGAAUCUAUGGGUUCCGAAAAGAAGCCAUUAAAUCCAUUUUUAGGUGAAUUAUUCUGUGGUAAAUGGCAAAACAAGAAUCACCCAGAAUUUGGUGAAACUAUUCUUUUAAGUGAACAAGUUUCUCAUCAUCCUCCAAUAACUGGCUUUGCUGUCAUUAACGAUAAACAUGAUAUAACUUUAAAAGGUUAUAAUCAGAUCAAAACGUCCAUUUCUAAAACGUUGACUUUAAAUGUGAAACAAUAUGGUCACUCCAUUUUCCAAAUUGGUGACGACGAAUCUUACUUAGUCACUUUACCGCCAUUGCAUAUUGAAGGUAUCCUAGUAGCCUCACCAUAUGCGGAACUAGAAGGGAAAUCGUAUAUUCAAUCUUCAAGUGGUAUAACAUGUGUUUUUGAAUAUUCUGGUAAAGGUUUCUUCUCUGGUAAGAAGAAUUCUUUUAAAGCAAGGAUUUUUAAAGCUGCAGCCGAUAUGGAUGACAAAUACAAGGCUGUAUACACAAUCCAAGGCCAAUGGUCUCAAAGAUCUGAUAUUACAAAACAUAACUUAGCUAAUGGUGGUGAUGUAACAACUCUAUUUUAUGAUGCUGAUAAAGAAAAAGUGGAACAUGUAUAUGUCAAACCAAUUGAAGAACAACAUCCAUUGGAAUCAAGGAGAGCAUGGCAACAAGUUGCACAAGCAAUUAUUGCUGGUGAUAUGAGUGAAAUUGGUAGAACAAAAGGUGAAUUAGAAAAUAAGCAAAGAGAGAUGAGAAUAGAAGAAGAGGAAAAGGGAUUAAAAUGGCAAACUAGAUGGUUUGAUUGCAUAAAUUAUGGUGAUAAAAUGAAGUCAAAUUUAGAAUCAGUUACUGAAUUUAGCAAACCGGCCAAAGAUGACAUGUUCGUUAAGUUAGCUGAUGACUUGAAAUUAUCAACUAAAAAUGUCCCAAGUGGUACUCUAGUAGGUGAUAAACAUGAUAAAAAAUCUGAUAUUCCCUGUUUACAUUGGAAUUUCAGAAGAGAUUACUGGGAUAGUGAAACUCAAGUUGUAUUAUAA